AUGUCUGGUCGUGGGAAACAGGGAGGCAAAGUCCGAGCUAAGGCCAAGUCGCGCUCGUCGAGAGCCGGGCUGCAGUUCCCCGUGGGCCGUGUUCAUCGGCUUCUUCGGAAAGGUAACUACGCCGAGCGGGUGGGGGCUGGAGCGCCUGUCUACAUGGCUGCCGUGCUGGAGUACCUGACGGCCGAGAUCCUGGAGCUGGCGGGCAACGCGGCCCGCGACAACAAGAAGACGCGCAUCAUCCCCCGCCACCUGCAGCUGGCCAUCCGCAACGACGAGGAGCUCAACAAGCUGCUGGGCAAGGUGACGAUCGCGCAGGGCGGUGUGCUGCCCAACAUCCAGGCCGUGCUGCUGCCCAAGAAGACCGAGAGUCACAAAGCUAAAAGCAAAUAAGCUGACCGAGCAGAGCUGCUCAGACUUUUACAUCAAAACAUUACAACCCAAAGGCUCUUUUCAGAGCCACCCACAAAGUCAGAAAAGAGUUGUGUUGCUUUCUUUACAAAAGUGCUCUGGUGCUAAGUAUUUCUUACAUGCUGCC